GUCACGAGCAGCGUAAUUUACUCCACUCAGUUGGCGGCUUCGGUAUCGUGUAUUACCGGUUGAUGCUAAAGGACAGACUGCAGCCUCUGAUUGGCCACCAAAGCCCCCACUACGUGGGUGCCUGGAUCAUAAUCACGUGGAUAUGCAGGCAUCCACUUCGCUGGCUGUUCACGUGAUAUUACUGCCUGCGAGAAAUGCUUUUGAUUCACGUCACUUUUUCCACUUGAUUUUCUUUUGCCUUGUCUUGUUCCCUCAAAGACCUCGCCCGCGAGGUUGGCUUUAUUCUAUUACAUCCUUUUCAAAGACUCUAACUUCACUAUCAACAAUAUAUAAUUUACUCCUCCCUGCAUCCAUUAUCUCUCCUGUUGCAUGCCGACUAGAUCCGUCUAAAAUUUGAGGCGCGCAGCGCUGAGUCCGCCUCAGGAAAUUUUAUACGAACUAUAUAACACCACCCUCGAUAGCGACCACCUCUCUCCUCAUUCCGGAUAUAGAUAUUACUACGAUCAGCAUGAAGGGCGGAAAAGCUCCCCGAGGCCGCUCAGGCGGUUCGGAUCGCGGGGGUAUUCGCAAGAGGGGUGCGGCUAAACGGGUCGAUCGAGAUGGUGAUCUGGCUAUGGACGCAGGCUCUGCCGAGGGUCGUGGAAAGAGGGCGCGCGGAAAUUCCAGCCGCUCGGCGGCUACUGGACCACGAGCACAAACACGCGACAGGGCGCUCAACGCUAUCCAGAAGGCGAUCGCUAGCAACUCAGAUUCUCAGGCGAACAUCCGACAAGGUGGCCGAGGUAGUAAUCUGGAGCAAGUCAGCGUCCAAGGUUGGAAACAGAGCAAAGCGGCAUCUAACCGCGAUGGAGGUAUCGAAAGCCUAAUCACCUUCCUCGAAAAAAAACUCAACUCACCCGACUCGAAAGCUGGCUCGCGCGCAAGGAUUACAAAGUCGCGGGUUGAAGGCGACGCUUUUAUAGUAUCUAUCCGGCCGGAAUUGUUGGACAGGAUGCUGAAGAUGAAUGGAUUCAGUUUUGCAGGAGCAACUCUUACAAUUCAGACGUAUGACCCGUCCACGAAUGGCCUAGACCAAGCGAUGCUAUCCGAAGUGUCGCAGAACGGCAGCACCCCCUCGGCUGCCGAUACAAAAUCCAAGAUGACCGCGAUCCUGAGCAAACGCUAUUUCCAGCAGCAGAAAUUGUUAAACCUCUCGAAGCUCGGUAGCGACCCGGAUUUAUUGGCGAUGGGCAUUUUUAACAGCACGUCCACCGAAUCGAAGUUCUUUCCAGCGUUGAUGAAAGUAUGGGAGAUGAAUUUCGAUAGCACCACAGCGCGACGAGAGGCUGUCGAGAGCGUCAGUCUUGCAGACAAUCAGCUCGCAAACAUCACGGUCAUCACCACAUUAGCUCAGACAUUCCCAGACCUGAAAAAUCUUGACUUGUCGAACAAUAAUUUCAAAGACUCUCAGUCCUUGAUCGGAUGGCGAUGGAAGUUCAGAAACCUCGAGUUUCUCGACCUCACGGGUACUCCUUUCAGCGCGGAUCCCGCUUUCAAGGACACCAUGCUGAAGUGGUAUCCAAAACUCCGGUUUUUGAAUAAUACAGAAGUCCGAACGGCGGAGGAAGUGGCUGCGCAGAAGAAGACACCCAUUCCGGUACAGGCGCCACACUUCCAGGAUGAAUCUCAAAUCGCAGAGAACUUUGUCAAGGUGUUCUUUGUUGGUUAUGACAACAACCGGGCCGACCUUCUGAAAGGCGUAUAUGAUAACAAUUCCACAUUCUCACUAAAUGUUAACACCACCGCUCCGAGAGCCCAACAAACCGACACUGCAACCUGGGAUCCCUACAUCAAGAAAAGCAGGAAUCUACUCAAGAUCAACCAUCUUCCUGCGAGGAUGUCUCGUGCCUUUGUUGGUGCGGAAAAAAUUCUUGAGUUGUGGAAUACCCUUCCUCAAACGAGGCAUCCCGACAUAGGAACUCACCCUGAGGAGUGGCUCAUUGAAUGUUUCCCCAUCCCAGGGCUUCCUGAUCCUUCUGGGCAAAGCGCGACUGGCGUGGGUGGGCUCCUUAUAAUGGUUCACGGGAAGUUUGAAGAGAUCAAUGGGCCAAAAGUCGACCUUCGGAGCUUCGACCGGACAUUUAUCCUUGGACCUGGCGGAGGCAUGGGUGGAAUUAGGGUAAUCAACGAUAUUCUUUGUCUACGGGCUCAUGGAGGUCAUGAAGCAUGGAUGCUGGAGCAACCAACCGUCCCAGCAACUCAGCCAGGGCAACCUCCUGUUCAAUCACAGGUUGCCCCCCCUGCUGCGCCUGAUAGUUACGGUAUGCCGGCGCCCGGCAAACCAGAGACGCAAUUGCAACAAGAACAACUGGUCAUGCAGAUAAGCGCCAAAACGGGCAUGACCCCGCAAUAUUCUGAAAUGGCGCUUUCAGGCAAUGGCUGGAACAUAGACGCUGCUCUGAAGAAUUUCCAGGAGCUUAAGACACAGGGACAGUUGCCUCCUGAAGCUUUUCUUCCCGGGGCUGUCUAAUUAUAACUUAUUUGAUAUUCACAUACCCAAAAUUCCGAGUGGAGGAUGCUGUGGUGUUUGCUUGGAGUCUGAUUCAUCUAUUAUUCUGCAUUUUCUGUGUUUGCAUGGCUUAGGCGAACGGUUAUGGGUUCUCUGGCUUGAAAGAUUCACUGUAUUACAUUUUAAACCUUGAAAGACGAAGAUCAUGUCCAUAUAGAUGGGGACUGGAGGGGAUCAAUAUUGAAUAACGAAAAAGAAAUCCCCGAAAGACCCAAACCAAUUUGCUAGACCGGCUUCCUGCGGGUCAUUAAAACAAGCGUCAUCUUCCCAAAUCCGUAUAGAAGAACGCGAAGUGGAUGUAACAGUGAAGAAGUUGACAAUUUAGAUGAAUGGCUUUCAGGGAUGAAAUAAAUAAUUUAGCCGCGUUGCGCUAAAAAGGGCAUUUACACUUUCCGGAUCGCCAACUUCCCGCAUUAAUUACGUCGGUCAGCUGGACAACCUUCUUUUGGUGCUGAUA